UUGGGGUUUCGUUGGCAAAAUUUACAUUUGAUAAGGAGAACAAAUCAAACAAAAUCCUUCAUAAAAUGAGAAAAUCCAUUCAUUAAACAUGAAAAAUUAGUUCAAUGAUAUUAAAGUCAAAGCUUUUACAGAUAUAUUUUUCACACAUCAGCAAUAUUUGGCUUAUAAAUCGUCUUGUUAAUGAGACGUUUCCUAACAAUGGGCUGAAACAUUAACUCCAUUACUUAGACUUUUCGUUUAAUCAUCAAUUUGGUUGUUAGGCAUCCAUAAGUACUGUUUAUGUUCAAGGAACCGGCUUUGCCUCGACAACCGUACUGGUUGACAUGCCAAAACCCUCCAAACAUCGUAAAAAUCGAAGGAGCCCAGAAUUGCAUUACGACGAGUUCGACGCCCGGUCAUACGUUCAUCUCGUACCGCAAGACGAACAACAGGAUGACCAUGUAUCUACCAGUUCCAGGAAAAAACAUUCAAAGAAAUCUCGUCAUAAACGUUCAAGGGAUUCUGAUGGCAAAAAAUCAAGUCUACCAACGCCAUCUUUACCCACCCAGCCGAAGACGUCACUUGUUGCAUAUGACGACAUAAGCUCUGACUCUGAUGGCGGACUGUUGAGCGUCAGUGUGAACAAGCGACCCGCGCGGGCAUCUCCUGUGCAUGUUGGGCCGAGUCACAUGAAUGCGAGUCACAGCCAGAAACGUGCUGAGUCACCCGCCACAGCAAUACGGAGUUACCUCAACGAGCGCAGCCAGAGCAACUCCCCGCGGCCCGCCUACAGUCCAACAUACACGUCCAGUAGGAAGUCUAGCAAGCGGCAUCGGGUGUACUCACCCGAGCUACACAGAGGCAGUCAUGUGGAAACGAACAAUUCACGGGUGUACUUGGAACACCCGAAAGCAUAUGCGGGUGAUUUGCCACGGGCGUUUGGCGGAGCUUGCAACGCUAGUCCACCUCCAGCAAAAACAAGCAAGCGGUAUCGGAGCCCCAGUCCUUACGGCUUUAAUCGCAGUGAGCGCAAGGACCGGGGCAAAAGUCCAAGCAGAAAGCAUAAGAGACGAUCGCCAACACGUAGCAGUCAGUCUCGGUAUUCUAAAAAGAAUUAUUCCGAAACACGCAGACAUUCACGUAGUCAAUACGUCGACUCCUCGAGUCGUUCACCCAGUCCUUCGCGUGGCAGUUCGAGAUCGAGAGAGCCAAAGUUCGCUCCUGGUAGCCUGGCUUAUGAGCUGAGCAAGCACAGAAAGGCUCGUGAAAACAAACAAUUGAGAAGCCGAGAUGAGCGGCAGAUUCUGGCCGACAAACAGCGGCAGCGACAGUUGCGUGACAGUAAAGACUUUCAGCAAGUUAAACGUGAACCAAGCCCCCUCUCUUCCCAGUAUGCCAUGAAGAAACAACAGGACAGAGUUCAGCUGGGUGAUGACUGUAUUGUGAUAAAAGUGGAGAAUUUGAAACCGGGCAGCGGGCAGGCUGAGCGUCGCGUGAUGCGAAGCGAGCCACCCCCUGUCGAAGAGCGGCGGUUUGUGGGUGAAAACCACAGAGCCCAGCCUCCAAGACCGGACAUGAUGCAGCAGAGAGUCCCACAGCCAGACGAGUGUCGGCAGGUCUAUCACCCACCCCCGCAGACCCCACCGAAAAAAAUGCUUCCUCUACCUGCACUUUCUCCAGUUGACUCCAGCUCUAGUCAUAGCUCAUAUAGUGAGCGGGAGCCUGAACCGGAGAGAAAUCCUCGUAAAAGGAUCACAGAUCUACCAAUGCCUCCCAUGUUGGACGAUCCAGAGGGGGAUUAUGAUCAGGAGCAGGAUCAAAAUGUUGAGCCUGAGAUGAGGAGGGAACAACACCAACCUAAGAUUAAGAAACCAAAGAUCUGUAGUCAGCGAAGAAACAAUGAACGCAGCAUGGGUGACUGGGGUGAGAGGUGCGUGGACUGGUUUAAAAUUUUGGAAAUCAUUGGUGAGGGAACGUAUGGACAAGUAUACAAAGCCAAGGAUACUGUAUCAGAUGAAUUUGUAGCUUUGAAGAAAGUCCGUCUGGAAAACGAAAAAGAAGGCUUUCCAAUUACGGCAGUGCGGGAAAUCAAAAUUUUACGCCAGCUCCAGCAUCCGAAUAUUGUAAAUCUGAAAGAAAUAGUAACAGACAAACAAGAUGCUUCCGAUUUCAAGAAAGACAAAGGUGCCUUCUAUCUGGUGUUCGAGUACAUGGACCAUGAUUUGAUGGGACUUCUUGAAUCGGGAUUUGUCAAUUUUAAAGAAGACCAUAUAGCAUCUUUUAUGAAGCAACUACUAGAUGGUUUAUAUUAUUGUCAUAAAAAGAAUUUCUUACACAGAGAUAUUAAGUGUUCAAACAUUCUCUUGAAUAACAGAGGGCACAUUAAGCUGGCUGACUUGGGCUUGGCACGUUUUUACUGUGCGGACGACCGGGAUCGACUGUACACUAAUAAGGUGAUCACGUUGUGGUAUCGCCCACCGGAACUGCUGCUGGGGGAGGAGCGAUACGGACCUGCCAUAGAUGUCUGGAGUCUUGGUUGUAUCCUGGGUGAAUUGUUUACAAGAAAACCGAUUUUCCAAGCGAACCAGGAGUUCCUGCAACUGGAGCUGAUCAGUAAAACGUGUGGAAUUCCCUGCCCUGCGGUGUGGCCCGAUGUGAUCAAGCUGCCCCUCUUUCACACGUUCAAACCAAAACGCCAGUACAGGAGACGACUGCGAGAAGAAUUUUCAUUCCUGCCAAAGCUUGCCUUAGAUCUGAUGGAUCACAUGCUGGAGUUGGACCCAGGCCGGAGGUGUACGGCAGAACAGGGACUGUAUUGUCCGUGGUUACGAGAUAUCAUUCCAGCAAGAAUACCGCCGCCAGAUUUGCCAAGAGAUCAGGAUUGUCACGAACUAUGGUGUAAGAACAGAAAAAAAUUGAUGCGAGAACAGAUGAGAAAGGAACAAGAAAUGGGUGGUGUUCCCUCAAAAUCAACUACUCCACAAUCAAUGAAACUUGCACCUGUGGGUCGUGGAUUGCAAGGGAAAGAUACAAAAACCCCUAUCGACAUGAGAGCUUCGGGGGAGUCGCACGACAGUUCCAGGAGGACCUCAGCAGGUGAUGGUAAAUCUUACGUGUAUGGAAAUGGUAAUUCAAAAGAUUCUAUACCUGGUUUAGCUGUUAAGAAAGCUGAGACACCGGAGAGUGGUGGCGGUGGCGGUAGCGGUGAUGGAUUCGGCCGAGAGAAGUCGAGUCACGGCAAGGAGCAGGCGAUCAGUGGUAAGACUACACAAGCUCAGUUGUCACAGCUGAUCGAGCUUCUCAAGUCGCAGCAAGGUGGUAUCAGCAUCAAGCAGAUUGCAAAGAGUCUGAACAUUUCCGUCGAUCAGCAAACAACGCAGCUGCUGGAUAACCUCAAACAGCAGCUGAUGGAAGCUGCGUCGGUCGCGAAACAGGCGAAAGAGAGGGGAGAGCCUGUGCUGUCUUCAACAGUGUUCACGUCCCCCGUGGAUACCGUCCCGAAACACAGGCAUGAGGACACUGGUUACAGCGUCGACAAUCAACAGAGUUCGGCUUACUCCCAUCCCGGGGCUAGCGAGAGUUCAGUAUUUUCCAGCAGUCUGAGUGUCGCUAGUUCUGGUUUUACGAACACGUUGCCUCAGACGUCGGGUGCCGUUCAGCCUGGGUAUGAUAAACAUGCUGGAGUGAAGGCGGCCCUGGCACAGCUGUUGGCGCAGCAGGGUAUUCCCGUCACUAUGGGAGGCUCCCAGGUGAGGCCGACGCUGGCUAACAAUAACACUGAUAGCGUUUCCAACGUUCCCGGCCCAGUGUCUGUGGUCAGCUCGGGGCAGACUUAUGGCUCGCAGAACUAUCAAAACUUCGAACCUCCUAUUUCCAGCAUUGGCAAUUCUAGUAUACCACCACCGGUCUCCAGCAUUGGGAACUCUAGUGUGACACAAACCGUGUCUUCUGCCAGGAUUCAAUCACAGUAUAGUUUUACCUCGGACGAUUCGAGAGAGAGUUUUACAGACACCUCCAUUACAAACAUUCCAAACACGCAACCGAUGCCCUACUUCGAUUCUACGGCAAGAGGGAGAGGGAGAGGUGUGCCCCCGGGACCACCGCCCGGUCCUCCACCGGGAUUUCCACGACAGCAGGGUGCUGGAUUCGGGCGUGGAUAUACUGGUGGACAAGAUAACCGCGGAAGAGACUCGUACAGUUCUAAUUCAGGAAUGGCGGGCUGGCAUUGAUGUAGGCAGUGCAGACUUUUAAGCUGCUGCCCACCAGAUCAUUAAAAAUAUUUAGCUGAAUUUGCAAACUGUUCAUGAUUCCGUCAUCAAAAAUCAAGUCCGAGAAUUAGCAUUAUUAUUGGGUGUUUGGGUUUUUGUGUUGAAUUUGACCACACAUUUUUAAGACAAAUCCAUCAAAUUGUUGUCAGUAUUUUAGAUGCAGCUUAGACUCUUCUUUAGUUUGUACUGGAGUCCACGUCAUCCUUGUUAUUUUUUGCCAUUGGUUAUAUGUAUUUGGUCAUAGAUUUGUUGAGGUGAUGUUUGGUGUUGGUAACAUGAUUUUAAUAACUCAUUGAAGUGAGGUUGUAUAGUGACAUUUUGUAUGUGUGGAUGAUUUUCUGCUGAAUUUAAAUCUUUUAAAGACAUAUACCAAGCUUAGCAACACUGUAUCUGACUAUACACUAAUUUAAUAUAUUAAAAGCUUAAAAGGACUUAAAAUGAAAGCAUGUAUGCUAAUUCGUGAAAUGGAACCAAUCAAAAUGACUUGCAGACACCAGACUUAAGAAUACAUCACUGUAGUGUUCAGACAAAUUCAAAAUAAUGAUUGCAUUAAACACAGUAUCUGCUGUACUUUUCACGUUUUGGUUAUUAUACAGUGAUGUCAGAAUAAACCGGCAACUAGUGAAACUUCUUUGUCGACUACAAUUGUACACAUUACAUUAAAGAUUAAACUUGGAAUAGUUAAGCAAAGAGUUCCUCCUAUUCCUCCCUUUUGGGGGAUUGGGUAUGCGUUAUUAGACCAAUAUUAGGACGAUAGCUAAGUGCUCCAACUGCACCUUGGCUUGGCCACAGAGUAGAUUGUCAAAUAACUAUUUAAAAAACCCAUAAGGGAUGUAUUGACUUUGGAGUAUUUUAACAUGCCCCUAUAUCACUACGGUUUCGGGCAUGUCCAUCCUGGGUCCGGUCUCUGGAUAGCCAGUGCUCCAACCUGGGACAUGGAUGUAUUGAAUGAAUGUCACAUCUAGUCUUCUGUGGUAUUAUCUUCCAAAAGCACCAGUGUCAUGGAAAUUUAAAACACAAAAAUCCAAUUGUGUAUUAUGAAAUAAAAUCUUUAUCGUUUUCUUCCAUUUCAAACAUUUAUUGGGAGGUUGGGAAGACGUUUUGCUAUAGUAUAUGUUUUUGAAGAAAAUUAUCAAUACUGUACCACGACUCACACUGGAAAAGAUUUUAGUCUGAGCGAAUUUUCUGAUGUAUUUAUGUAGAGGAUUUCUUGAAAAAUUAUUGACAUGUAGCUGAUUUUGCCAAAUAACAAAUGUAGCCAGCCACGACACAUUUUAGAUAAUUUAGCUAUAGGUAGGCUAAGCCUGGCUGUACUCGUGUAUAUUUUUACACCUUGAACAAUUUCAAACAAACAAAAUUUAACUGGGGGAAAAUGAUUUUUCUGAACAAAAAAUUGCUAUAGUUAAAUCAAUUGGGAAAACAUUUUCUCAGAAAUAAAUCAGUUCACAAAAAAAGUUGAAGGCAAGGGAAGUGUGAAUGAAUUUUCCAAAGCAAUGAAAUGUGGUUACUCCAGAGGUUUUGUUUUUCUAGUGUUAAUUUGUCACAUUGUUAAUUGGAAAGCUGUAAAUGGGAAUUUACUCAAAUGUUGUGGUUUGGAAUGUAUAGAUAUGAUUAUCUGUGUGUAUAUAUACCUAUACAACUAGAAUAUAUUUCAAUAUGAAACAGUGUAUUUAUUAAUAAAAGAAUAAGGCUCGAUUUAAUCAUUGGAUAUAUUUUAUUUUUGGAACGUUUGACUUGUUACAGCUUGUGUUUGCUAUGUGUUUGUAUUUUAGUAUGUUUUGAAGCUGAUUGUAAAUUUUAUAUUGCCACAUGUAUAUUAAAACUAAGCUAAAUUAAGCUCUAGUUUAAAAAUAACUUGUAAUACAUUUUUGGUUGUUUUUAUUGUUUUAUUGUAUGUAACAUAACUAAGGUAAUGUGAGGAUAAGAAUUGGAAUAUCAAACAUUUUCACUGAUAUUUGCACUUCACCUAACCUCAGUUUAUUUGUAAUUAGUUAGAUCCCUGCAGUUUUGUUUUCAUAAAGAAUAGCAUAUUUUGUUUUUAUUGGAAUUAGAAAUUUAACAGUUUUGAGAAAUAGAUGUUUGUUCUUAAAAUAAUUGUGAUCAUGAAAGUUGUCGGUUAUAUUCUUAAUUGAUUGGGCCACACAACUUUGAGAAUUAAUACUGUUUACAUUUAUUUAUUUUAUCAAAAAGCUUUACUUAAAAAUAGGUUUAAAAAUUCAUUAGCAUUACUGCUGAAAAGUUAAAAUAAAGGAAUUUAUUUAUUUAAUAAAAGAAAGAAGAAAUACUUAAAUCAACAUUUUGUGUUUAUUUAAAGUGACCAUGCAGUAUGGUGUCUUGCAUAUUAUCUCUUAUGGUAAAAUAUAGAUCGAGAUAAGAUUUUUGCUCUCUCCUUUAUUGUAUUGCCAUGUCUCUGCUGAAGUGGCCAUCAUAUUUCCUAGAACUUUCACAAGUUUCAUUAUUUGUAACCUCAUCAAUACAAAUCAUACCUUUUUUUUCUUUUUUUUUUUUUUUUUGGAUGCUUGUAAAUUGCUAUUUGUUUAGAAAGACAGUCCAUUGAGCUUUCUUUCUUUAUCAUGUACACAUUUCAGAUAGAACUAUUUUUAAUGUAUACCAAUUCACCUGCUGUACAUUGCUGUUAACUGGUGAAAAUAAAAAACGAAUGAUGGGAAA